AAACGACACCGUUUAAUGUCUCAAUUUUCAAGAGAGCAACAGUAUAAAAGUGGCAGCCCAAUGUUUCAAACUCGAAAGCCGAAACUGAGAAGGAGUGUCCGUACAACAAUGGGAGCUUUGGCUCAUGUGAGCAAGAGGCUUUUUCGGUCUCUCUUCAGUGAUUCAACCUCACCUUGUACAACUCUGAGGACUACUUUUACUUCUCUUUUAUCUUCUUCUUCGUAUGCUACUGUUUCGCGCUCGUCACCCGACCCGAUAUCGUCACCAAGCCGUGACGGUUUCGCCGCCGCCCUCGGUGUUUGCCAGAGGACAUUACUUGAAUCUCCGUGGUUCGCUAUUCCAACCCGCGGAGUGAAAACUAGCGGAUCCAGUUUGAGACCUGGAAAUGUCAUUGAAAAGAAAGACCGUAUUUAUGAGGUCGUGAAAGUAGAUCAUUCUCACGAAGGAAGGGGAAAAGCUACUAUAAAGGUGGAGCUUCGUGAUGUUGAUAGUGGAAACAAGGUAUCCCAACGAUUUGGCACAGAGGAGACAGUUGAAAGAGUUUUUGUUGAGGCGAAACCUUACAUUUAUAUGUGUACGGAUCGUGAUGGCAAAGUAUUAUUGAUGGACCCUGAUACUCUUGAUCAGCUGGAAGUGAACGAGGAGUUGUUUGGAAAGAAUGCCAAGUAUCUACAAGAUGACAUGAAAGUUAAAGUAGAGGUUUAUAAUGGAAUUCCUUUGUCUGCUUCGGUUCCAAAACAUGUAACAUGCAUCGUGAAGGAAGCACAGCCUCCUGUGAAGGGGAUAGGAGUGACACCUAGGGAGAAAGUUGCUGUGCUGCAAAAUGGCCUUUGUAUCAAAGUACCACCACAUGUCCUAGCUGGUGAAUCUGUAGUUAUCGAUACAACAGACGACUCUUAUGUUAGAAGGACGAAGGCAUAACAUUGGAUGUUGAUUCAGUCCAACGGAAGGGUAAUUUCCUUUUUGCAAAAUCUUAGAAAUUUUUUAUUUUAAAUAACAUUAUUAUUACCCUAAAAAAACAUUAUUAUUGUUAUUCACAAAAAUUCCUGAGAGGAGAUUUAACAAUCGGAGUAAAAGUUGAUGUUGUAGCAAAGAAAUAAAAAUAGCAAAUGAUAGUAAUUAAAAGUUUAUGUUA